UCCACACACACCUGCAUUUUCACCUCAUUAUUUUUGCAUGUCGUGUUUUUCUUCAGCCAAUCAGGAGGCACAGAAACAGAUACUGAAAAAGAAGUGUAAGGUUAUAAAAGAGGCAGCCAUUUAAUCCCUGGUUGAUGCUUAAUUGUACGUUUUUCUCUCCCUUCGAGGAACGCGGCAACUUGUCUCUCCGUUUCGCAUGAUUCUUUGAGAGAAAGAGAUGUGGCGAUGCGCACUGGGGUCCCUCUGCAUCGUGGGUGUUUUGGUGUGCAUUCCAUCAGCUGUGAGGAGUCAGUCCACGUCAGCUGAUCGGCACAGGGACGCAGAUCUCCAGGAUGUUGAUGUGCUUGUAACUCAGAUCGUGGAAGAACACCUGGCGGGUUGCUACCUGGUGUUUGUCACGACUGAUGACGAGAACCCAGUGUUUACGUCCGUGUUCAGGUCGCUCCUGAACAACUACGAGGCCGGCGUCGUCCUGGACCUCCGCACAGCCAGGGUCGGGAAGAACUCGGACCUCCUGACCGAACUCAAGGCCGGCGACGACAAGUUUGCCUGUCGGGUCUUCAUCGUGGUCUUGGGCGCUGGUUCCGACGUCUCGCAGCCACUGAACCUCCUCGAAGACUUGAACCUCUUCCUGUGGCCUUACACGCGCGUCCUCUUCGUCGGCUCCAACGGACAGGUCCAGGACACCCUCAAAGACGACGCCCUUCGCAACACCGUCCACGCCCUGUUCCUCGCCCUGGAUGAAGGAGCGACGACCAACGACGAAGGAGGAGGAGGAGGAGGACACAGCGAGGUCGGGGGGAAAGUAAGAGGGUUGAUGGCUCGCGAGGAGAGAGAAGAGGAAGAAGGGAGAGUGGAAGGAAGAGGAGUAGAGAGAGAAGGAGAAGGAAAUGGGGGACGGAAACGGGUGAAGAGUCGCUUGGUGAAGUGCUACCUGCGGUGUUUGUUUUGCAACGGGGGGGAAGUGGGCGUGACUCUGCUUGAUGAGUGGAGCAAGGACGGCGGUUUCCUAAAGAAGGAAGAACUUUUUCCGGACCAGUUUCGCGACAUGAUGGGCCACCAGUUCAAGAUCGUGACGCUGGACUGGUUCCCCAUUAUGGACUUCAAGCGGGACAGCGACGAAGCGACCUCGACAGUGACUCCGAAGGAUUCCGUCGACGUCCGGAUGCUCGAAUCCUUCGCCUCGACUCUCAAUUUCACGUACGAGAUGCGGGUUCCGUGGGACAACCAGUGGGGCACCUCGACGCCCACGGGGAACUGGACGGGCGUGGUGGGGACCCUCCAGCACCACAAGGCCGACUUCUCCAUGGUGCUCUCGUGGAUGUGGGGCCGCCGUCAGGUGGUGGACUACACGAGGAUCUAUCUCUCGGAGCCCAUCGUCAUGAUCAUGUCCAAGCCGCGGCCUCUUCCUCAGUACCUCGCUCUCAUCAGGCCGAUGUCGGGCGAGGUCUGGGUAGCAGUCUUCAUCUCGAGCGUGUCUGCGGGCGUGAUCCUGUGGAUACUUCAGAGGUCGUGGGCGUCAUUCUCGGGCAACUCCGGGCUGUCGCUCUCCACCUCCAUCCUGUACACCUGGAGCAUCCUGUUCGAGGAGCCUCCCCCGCACAUCCCCACCAACAUCUCGGGGGAAGUUAUGGAGUUCGACGAGCAGAUGGCGCGGGUGUUGAAAGGCCGCCACGCGCUCAUCACUUGGAAGUACAAGAUCCGCUCCCUCAUCAACACCCUUUUCACGGACGACUUCGGCUACACGCCCAUCUACACCGCCCGCGAGGAGUACUUCAACUAUGGCGGAUACGGAUGGGCGUUUCAGAAUCAUCUCCAAGCCAUGCCCACCGCACCCACACCCAACUCCAGAGCCAUAGGUGCCAGUAUGACCGAAUAUUCAGCCCCUUACAUCUUGAAAAGAAUCCUUUGUGAGGAGCGCCGGAGCCGCCCCUAA